AUGUUACUGAAUACUACUUAUACUGUCUUCAUUUUUUUUUUGCUUAGAAUUAUAAAGUUCAAGAUCAAGGCCGAAAAUUUUUUAGAACAUGAAAAAUUGAAAACUCAUGGUACCUCAUCUCGAAAAGAUCCUAAGGGCCAAGUCAAGAAUUCGUGUAGAAAAAUGAGUGCUAUAGGCGACAAGAACCAAUUUCGUAUCAUUGUGGGCUCAUACGAGCACAACAUUUUGUGUUUAUCCUUAGAUAUCCCAAAUCAAAAGGAAAAUGAUGCAGCAAAGACACCACAUUUUAUGCCAAUAUUUCAUUUUCAAGCCCAUUCGUUGAGUAUUAAAUGUUUGGCUGUUUCAAGAAGAUACCUAGUUUCUGGAUCCAAUGACGAGCACAUCAGAAUUUAUGAUUUGCAAAAGAGGAAGGAACUGGGUACUUUGUUAAGUCAUCAGGGCUCUAUUACUGCUCUACAAUUCUCACAUCCAGCUUCUUCCAGUGAGGAUGCUGCUGUUUCAAAGGGGAGCAAGAAUAGCAAAUGGUUAUUAUCAGCAUCAGAAGACCACAAAAUUAUGGUUUGGAGAGUAAAGGACUGGGAAACAGUGGGGACUUUAAAGGGACACACGGCAAGGGUUAAUGAUGUGGAUAUUCACCCCACCAAUAGAAUUGCCAUCAGUGUUAGUGAUGACCAUUCUAUACGUCUUUGGAAUUUGAUGACUCUAAGAAAUGCUGCUGUACUAAAACUAAGAAAAUAUAAUACAAACGGGACUUGUGUUAGAUGGUUAGGCGCCAAAGGUGAUUAUUUUGCCGUGGGUUUAAGGGAUAGGGUGCUUAUUUAUGAAACUGGAUCGGCUAAAGUUUUUAAAGAAAUAGUCUUUCAAAGGAAAACUCUUAUGCAUAUUGAAACACAUAUUUUACCAUUCGAUAAUAAGGAAUACCUUUCUGUUGGUAUCAGCGAUGGUAAUGUUCAUUUCUAUCCUUGUGAGGAGUUAUUCGAAAAAGUUGAAGAAAAUGAAAAGCAGGAAGAUGAUGACGACAAGGAGGAUAUCAGCCCCGCUUUUUCUUUAUUGGGUCACACAAACCGUAUUAAAGAUUUCAAGUUUUAUACGAAUGAAUUUGGUACCUACCUAGUCACCAUUGGUUCUGAUGGUAAAAUUGUCGUAUGGGAUAUGUCUACAAAAGAACAAGUAGCAGUCUACGACUGUGGCGAAAGGCUAAAUUGCUUAACGCUAUGCGAUGAAAGCAUUGAGAAAUACAACACAAUGAAGAAGAGGGAUGCUGAAACAGCUGAUAUAGGUGACCAAAGUGAGGUGGAAAGUGAUACCGAAGAAUUAAAGAAGAUAAUGUUUGGUGAGAAGAAGAAACUCAAUAAAAAGAAGCGGAAGCAAUUGAAGAAGAGUAAAGUAUCAGUAGAACUUGAAUAA